CAGUUGAAUAGCGAAGGCCAUUGUGCACCACUCUACUCCGUACAAUAGCCAGAGUUAUUGUUGGGAAUAGUGAGAGGAUGAUGUGCUGCAUAAGCAAACCGCAUACGCCUGAUGUGGUUUGUUUGCUCCAAUUGUUCUUUCAAACCACCAUGUUGAAUGCUUUGCCGCAGAAACCCCUCUCUGUCGCUUGGCUGUCAACAAAAUAGAUAGGUAGUUGAUUGACCUGAUACUGUACUUAAGACUUCAUAUCAGAGCCGAUCCGCUUCCUCCCCCACUUGCGCAAACAGCUCCAAAGCUCCUGAAACAUGGCGUCCCUCAUUGAUACAGCCAUCACGACCAGCCAUGAAGUUCCAACAGAUCGUCCGGAGAAGUUGGUCUUGCAGCGGCUUGGCACAGUCGAGACGAAGAGAACCGAGAAAUCCGGAGCCCAACCACCCAAGAAAUAUAGACACACCUUUGCAGUGCAUUCUACCACCAGAGCUUCAUGCCUCAGCCAGGACUCGGUAGCGCCUACCAGUUUUACUGGAUUCAGGAAUUUGGGUGCCCUGGUAAUCAUCGUUUCUAAUCUGCGCUUGAUGAUUGAGAACUUCAAAAAGUAUGGUGUCUUGAUCUGUGUUCGCUGCCAUGAUUACCGCCGCCAGGAUGUCGUCUAUGGUAGUAUUCUCUAUUUCCUUGUUCCUUGUCACCUAUUCGUUGCCUAUAUCAUCGAACUUGUUGCUGCCCAGCAAGCCAAGGGUGCCCUAGCUAGAGCAAAAAAGACGGGUGUCGAUGCCGCGGCCAACUCGAGCCAGCGAAGGCAGGAGCUACGAGCCUUCCGCACCGCGUGGCACCUGAUCGCUUUAGCCCAUGGUGUCAACGCAACUCUGAACCUGGCCCUUGCGACCUACGUCGUCUACUACCAUAUCCAUCACCCUGGCAUUGGUACAUUGUGCGAACUACACGCCGUCAUCGUCUGGCUCAAAACAUGCUCGUACGCGUUCACCAAUCGCGAUUUGCGCCACGCCUUGCUAUAUCCUUACGCCAGUGAAGUUCCAGAGCUCUACAGCUCGUGCCCAUACCCUCAAAAUAUCACGCUCCACAACCUAACCUACUUCUGGUGGGCUCCAACGUUGAUCUAUCAGCCUGUCUAUCCCAGAUCAGAAAAGAUCCGAUGGCCUUUUGUCUUCAAGCGUUGUGUCGAAGUUAUCGGCCUCAGCAUUGUCAUCUGGAUCGCGAGCGCUCAGUAUGCAGCUCCAUUGUUGCGAAACUCUUUGGGAACAAUUUCUUCGCUUGAUCUGCCCUCUUUUGCGGAGCGUCUCAUGAAACUCUCGACUAUCUCCCUCUUUUGCUGGCUUGCCGGAUUCUACGCUCUCUUUCAAUCAUUCCUGAAUGCUCUCGCAGAGGUCAUGCGUUUCGGUGAUAGAGAGUUCUACGGAGACUGGUGGAACAGUAGUGGAGUUAGAGGCUACUGGUCCAGCUGGAACAAGCCAGUCUUUCAAUUCAUGAAGCGACACAUCUACUCACCUAUGAUUGGAAGAGGAGUGCCGCCACUCGUCGCUCAGAUCAUGACCUUUCUCUUUUCCGGUGUGCUGCAUGAGUUGCUGGUCGGCGUUCCAACUCAUAACAUUCUCGGUGUCGCCUUCGCUGGUAUGAUGGUCCAGUUACCUUUGAUCUUCUUGACAGACCCAUUGGCCAGAAUGAAGGGAGGCAAUGGAAAGCUUUUGGGCAAUCUUAUCUUUUGGGUUUCGUUCUGCCUUGUUGGUCAACCACUCGCUGCACUUAUGUACUUUUUUGCCUGGCAGGCCAAGUAUGGUAGUGCCAGCAAGCCUCAGCUUUGGCACAGUACUGCGUAGAGUCAACCACUCAGCUCAUAUGACAUCCUUUCAUAGUUACCACCUCUGCUAUCGUUCCUUCCUCAUUCGGAGGCCUCUGCCGUGUAAUCAGCCAUCUCCAUCCAGAAAGCAAAGAGCAACCCCCCGACUGAGAGCGUGUUGGAAGCCAUCAAUUCCUCAACUUAAUCAGGAAGGAGCCUUGAACCAGUUGCUAUAAGUACGACCUUCUUCCACCCUCAACCUCUUCUUCUACCUACCACUCCUCCCCAGUCCUUCCCCUU